GGGAGCCCUAGAGAGCCGCGUCCGGAGUGCGGUCUCCAUGGCAGUGCUGGACACGGCCAGAGAUCUGAGCAGGCUUGGGGGAUGGAGCUGAGCUCCAAGACUGCUGGAUCCAGGGAACCUGCAGCUGGUCCAAAGGGCUGAGCACCACCUCCAAAUCCCUGGGGCAUGCAGAAGAUUCCUGACUGGUCAAGAACCAGAGGAAAAAGAGACCUGGAAGUCCCAGCACAGGAGCCAGAACCCCCAACUAGCCUCAUAGUUGGGAAGGCAGCCAGCUUGCUUCUGUCAUCAGUUGGGGGAGGUUACUUAAGAAAAGCCCCACUCACUAUGAAGAGGGAGGACUGCCUCUGCUGACCCUUAGUCUGUUCCCCUGCUUUCCACCUCUGCCCCCAGUGGGGUUGAUCAUGCAAUGCUGAGCAGCAGGGUGGUCCUGGGAGCAGUCUGCCUCUCUGCAGGGCAAGGACUGUGGGCACCAUGGGCUUGUGUGUGAGUGGGGCUCCCGGGUGAUACCUAGCCCCCGCCCCCAGGGUUUUAAGGGGGGUGGGGGGCUGAGGAUAGGAUGGCUCGGGGUGGGCUAGGGGCAGAGGAGGCCUCCCUGCGCUCCAAUGCCUUGUCCUGGCUGGCCUGUGGGCUCUUGGCACUGCUGGCCAAUGCCUGGAUCAUCCUCAGUAUCUCAGCCAAGCAGCAGAAGCACAAGCCACUGGAGUUGCUGCUCUGCUUCCUGGCGGGCACUCACAUACUCAUGGCGGCAGUCCCCCUCACCACCUUUGCGGUGGUGCAGCUACGGCGGCAGGCUUCCUCCGACUAUGACUGGAAUGAGAGCAUCUGCAAGGUCUUUGUGUCCACCUACUACACGCUGGCCCUGGCGACCUGCUUCACAGUUGCCUCACUGUCCUACCACCGCAUGUGGAUGGUGCGCUGGCCAGUCAACUACCGCCUAAGCAAUGCCAAAAAGCAGGCACUGCAUGCUGUUAUGGGCAUCUGGAUGGUCAGCUUCAUCCUCUCCACACUGCCCUCCAUUGGCUGGCACAACAAUGGCGAGCGCUACUAUGCCCGAGGCUGCCAGUUCAUAGUCUCCAAGAUUGGCCUCGGCUUUGGCGUCUGUUUCAGCCUCUUGCUACUUGGGGGCAUCGUCAUGGGCCUAGUCUGUGUAGCCAUCACCUUCUACCAGACACUGUGGGCCCGGCCCAGGAGGGCUCGGCAGGCCCGGAGAGCGGGGGGACUUGGGGGGACCAAGGGAAGUGGGCCAGGGGGGUUGGGUACCCGGCCAGCUUUUGAGGUGCCAGCCAUUGUGGUAGAGGAUGCCAGAGGGAAGCGGCGGUCCUCACUGGAUGGCUCCGAGUCUGCCAAGACAUCCCUGCAGGUCACCAACUUGGUCAGCGCCAUCGUCUUUCUCUAUGACUCGCUCACAGGGGUGCCCAUCUUGGUGGUGAGCUUCUUCUCCCUCAAGUCGGACUCAGCGCCUCCAUGGAUGGUGCUGGCUGUGCUGUGGUGCUCCAUGGCACAGACGCUGCUGCUGCCCUCCUUCAUCUGGUCCUGCGAGCGCUACCGUGCCGACGUGCGCACAGUGUGGGAGCAGUGCGUGGCCAUAAUGUCCGAGGAGGAUGGCGAUGACGAUGAGGGCUGUGAUGACUAUGCAGAUGGCCGAGUGUGCAAAGUUCGCUUUGAUGCUAAUGGGGCCACAGGCCCAGGGGGCCGGGAUCCCACCCAGGUGAAGCUGCUGCCUGGAAGGCACAUGCUCUUUCCCCCUCUUGAGAGAGUCCACUACUUACAGGUCCCUCUGUCCCGCCGUCUAUCCCAUGAUGAGACCAACAUCUUCUCUACCCCUCGGACACCAGGCUCCUUCCUGCACAAGUGGUCAUCCUCUGAUGACAUCCGGGUCCUCCCAAUCCAGAGCCGGGCCCUUGGGGCUCCUUCUGAGUACCUGGGACAGAGACAAAGGCUGCAGGACGAGGAGGAUGAGGAUGAGGCUGAAGGGCCCUCUCCUCGUUGGCCUAGGCCACUGGGACUCUCACCCCGACGACUGUCCCUUGGGUCCCCUGAUAACAGAGCUGUUGGACUUCCUUUGGGGCUAAGUACAGGGAGACGCUGCUCCCUGACUGGGAGUGAGGGGAGUACAAGGGCUUGGGGAGGAUCCUGGGGCCCAAGCAACCCCAUAUUCCCUCAGCUGACCCUCUAAGCCCGAGUGGGCCUGGUGGACUCAGAGGUGAGGGCCUGAGUGACCAACAUCUCAUCCUGGCCCUGAGUUUGAACAGCUGUCUCCAGACUCUGGGGAGAUGGACACUGGAUCUGGGGCUCUAGAGCCCCUGCUGUCUCCCUCCAAGUGACCAGAUGCCCUACUCACCUGCCAUCAUCCCUAGCAAAAUGUAUUAAAGUCUGAACUGUUGCCAUGGAAA